AUGGCUGACCGCGUCCACAGUGUCCCCGUCCACUCCGGCCAUAUUGAAUUCAACCGUGGCAUGGACUUGUUUUCAGCACGCCUGCAGGCGGCGGCGGCUGCUGCAGCUGCAGCAGCAGCUCGACAUCCUAGGAGCUCGGCGGCGAGGGAUCUCGGCGGGUGGGACGGGGCGGAGCUCGUCGGCGCGGCGGUCGGGGGGCACCGGAUCUCGGCGGCGACAGCGCUCUCGGGCAGGGCAGGGAGCUCGGCGGUGAGGGAUCUCGGCAGCGGCGGCGGCCCCGAGCCCUCGAGCGGGGUCGAACCCAACCCUAUCGGCGUCGCCGUCGUCACGGCGCACGAGCUCUGCGUUGCUGUCGCCGUCCUCCACCGCUUCGGCCAGGAGCCGGACAUCACAGCCAACGCCCGCAGCUACGUCGUCUGCCUCCUCUCGGAACUCGCCGUCACCUCCUUCCUCGGCCCGUGCAAGUCGUACCUCAGGGCGCAGGAGAUCACGCUCCCCACGCUCUUCAGCUCUGCCCUCGCGCUGGUGCUCCACGAUCCCCUCACCAUGUGGAUGGCCAGGACCAAGGGCAUCCAGAGCGUCGCUGCUGUCGUCUGGAUCAGCGACCUGGCCGUCGCCGUCAUGCUCGCCACCUACGUGCUGGCCUCGGAGCGACUGCGGAAGGUGGUCACUGGAGCAAACGACGGGCGACUGGCUACGGCUCCUCCGGCUGGCCGUGCCGAGCUGCCUGAACACGCGCACGCCUCGAGUGGUGGUGCUACAAGAUCCUGGUCCUCCUGA